ACUGCCGUGUGACGCGUGUUGGGCGAAAAGCGCUCCCGCGUCCGCUUCUCUCGCCUGUCCGCUCGUCCGCUCCCGGUGGCUGCAACUGUGUGGCGAUGUCUCCGUGAGAGGAAAAAAAAAAAAAAAAAAAAAGUUGUGUUAAAUGUUUGAAAUACAACACGCACGCCGAGAAGGGGACUCCGCUCCUUGUGUGCGCGGCACCGGCCGGCGUGUGUGCGCGACAGACUCCGCCGAGCAGGGCCAAAGUAGUCCAGGACGCAGAGAAACUCUUCUUUUAGAAGCAAACAAAAACCCCAAAAAGCAAAGUAAUUCAAGCUGGCUCACGUUCUCGCCACCCAGCCCGGCGUGACAGCUGCUCCUCAGCCGGCGUGGAGGACUGUGAGCAGCAGCAAGAGGAUGGCAUCAGAGCUGGCAAUGAGCAACUCCGACCUGCCCACCAGUCCCCUGGCCAUGGAAUAUGUUAAUGACUUCGAUCUGAUGAAGUUUGAAGUGAAAAAGGAGCCGCUGGAGCCCGAUCGCAACAUCAGCCAGUGCAGCCGCCUCAUCGCCGGGGGAUCCUUGUCUUCCACGCCGAUGAGCACGCCCUGCAGCUCGGUGCCCCCGUCCCCGAGCUUCUCGGCGCCCAGCCCGGGCUCGGGGAGCGAGCAGAAGACGCACAUCGAGGACUUCUACUGGAUGUCCGGUUACCAACAGCAGCUCAAUCCAGAGGCGCUGGGCUUCAGCCCGGAGGACGCGGUCGAGGCGCUCAUUAACAGCAGCCACCAGCUCCAGUCGUUCGAUGGCUACGCCAGGGGGCAACAGUUCGGGGUCGCAGCCGGCGCGGGAGGCGCCAUGGCCGGGGAGGAGAUGGGCUCCGCCGCGGCGGUGGUGUCGGCGGUCAUCGCCGCCGCCGCCGCUCAGAACGGCGCUCAGCACCACCACCACCAUCACCACCACCACAGCGGGGCGAGCGCGGGCGGCGGCCACCACCACCACCACCACCCGUCGCCGGGCGUCCAGUCCAACGGCGCGUCCGGCACCAACCACCCGCACAUGCGCCUCGACGACCGCUUCUCCGACGACCAGCUGGUCAGCAUGUCCGUGCGGGAGCUCAACCGGCAGCUGCGCGGCGUCAGCAAGGAAGAAGUGAUCCGGCUCAAGCAGAAGCGGAGGACCCUCAAGAACCGGGGCUACGCGCAGUCGUGCCGCUACAAGCGCGUCCAGCAGCGGCACGUCCUGGAGGGCGAGAAGACGCAACUGGUGCAGCAGGUGGAGCACCUCAAGCAGGAGAUCUCCAGGCUGGUCCGGGAGAGGGACGCGUACAAAGAAAAGUAUGAGAAGCUCAUCGGCAACGGCUUCAGAGAAAGUGGCUCCAGCAGUGACAACAACCCUUCGUCCCCGGAGUUUUUCAUGUCAUCCAGAAAAUUCCUCCAUCUGUGAUUUCAAGCCCCAUUCCUCCGUGCCCUUGGCUUCCAGAGACAACUCCACAACUGAGCAGUGAGGACAUCAGAGCGGCUGAUCAAUCACGUGAAGACACCCACAAAGCACAACAUUCAAAAAUUGUCUUCACCGGGGAACAAAAGACAGGACCUGCUGAAAUCCCUCAAAAUUGCUACUUCUGUCCCCUUCCCUGAUAUUUUAACUUCAGCUUUUUUCUACAAAACAAAAAAGGGGGGAAAAAAAGACUCAACAUGAGAGACAGUGAAAUCGAGAGGACAACUUUCUCGUCAGCAGGAACUGCACUGAUGCAUGCUUCUGUAAAUAAUUCAUAAUAAAACCCAUACUCUAAAAGCGGGACACAUACCAAGUCGUUCUCACCAUACCAUAAACCUUCAUGACUGUGGGUAGUCCUCAUGGCCCACCAUUUUCCACAUGAAGCCACUACUAUUCAGACACCAUGUAAUUAUCAUUUCCAGUAUCAUUUCUCUUCAGCUUAUUGUGACUGUAAAAAAGCUAAAGUGCUUCCAAUUAUCACUGGCUUGGUCUCUGAACACCAAUAUCUACUUUAGCAUAUGUAAAUAGAGAUGGAUGACGAAUACAGCAUGAAACACCAUAAUGUGUAUCAUUGCAGCUCCAGAGUAUCAUAGCUUUCAACUUCCAUAUGUGUAAUUUUAAACAUCCUUUCUAUGAUAACGUAUUUUCUAAUAGUAACAUGAAAAGUGUUUUCUAUACUGCGUAGAGAUCUUACUGCAUAGGUAAAUCUAUUUGUAGACAAGCUUACAGCUAUUACAAGGCAACACACGAUUUCUAGCUGUGAAAAAAAAGUCAUACCUAAAAGGAAACGUUGGUGAAUCAGGGGGUUGAACUUAACUUGAAAAAAAGUUAUAUAAAUCUUUAUAUU